UAGACAAAAAAACAGACGUACGGUAGGCGACAAAGACAAAGUACAGUAGUUAGUCACAAAGCCUAGAUGUCAAUCUAGAUCAGACCAUAUAGUUUCACGACAGUGUUUUACAGGCUGCAUUGAUUAUGCAAAGGACUGGAGGCUCAUAUAGUAAAUAGAUUAGUAAACGUCUCAGGAUGAGGAAGAGGACUGGUGAUCGUGACUCCAAGAAGCAGAAGACUGCCGGAGAUGAAGCUGGUUUGUCAUCGAGUGCGCAACCGAGCUUCCAAAGGACUCUCAUCUGUCGUCCUCUUCGGCCACUGGAGCUGGGUCGGGCAGAUGGGGCGGAGGUCAGAGAGUGAUGGCACGUCUGGAAGACCUAGCUCCCGUUUGUUGUGGUGGGUCAAAAGAGGUCUCCUGGUUGUGUGUGUCAUUUAUGUUUCUGUGCCUUUCAUGAUGCGACUGUUCCCUGACAUCAUAAAACACCUGGUGUAUUCUCACAGAGUCAGGGUCCCAUUCUUCGUCAACCUUAGCCAGCCAGCUGACCUGUAUCUUAACCACACUGUGAACAUGUACCUUAAAUCUGAGCAAGGGAUCUCAUUGGGUGUUUGGCACACAGUCCCUGAAAGUCAGUGGAAGGAGGCACAGGGAAAGGACUUGGAAUGGUACCAAGAUUCUUUGGGAGCUGGAAUUCCGAUUAUCAUUUAUCUCCAUGGCAAUGGAGGCACAAGGGCAGCAAGUCACCGUGUGGGAUUAGUACGUGUGCUGAGUGCAAUAGGUUACCAUGUUUUGGCUUUGGACUACAGAGGUUUUGGGGACUCCACCGGAGAGCCCACUGAAGUUGGUCUAACCACUGACACCCUCUACUUGUACCAGUGGGUAAAAGCCCGCAGUGGGAGCAGUCUGGUGGUAUUAUGGGGACAAUCUCUUGGCACUGGAGUGGCCACUAACACUGCAGUCAAACUAAUUGAACAAGGGAUUGUUGUUGAUGGUGUGAUCAUUGAGGGAGCAUACACCAACAUUCGACAGGGGGGUGCCCAUCAUCCGUUUGGCUGGUUUUAUUGGAAGUUCCCAGGUUUUGAGUACUUUUUCCUGGACACAAUGGCAGAAAACAAUGUCAUCUUCCCUAAUGAUGAAAACUUGAAGAGGAUGAGGAGUCGUCUUCUGAUCCUUCAUGCAGAGGAUGACCACAUAGUGCCCAUCCACAUGGCUCAGCAGCUGUAUGAAAUAGCACAGAGCGCCCAGAACUCAGAAAAUCAAGUGAAGAUGAUACCGUUUUCCGGAUCCCUUGGGUACCAUCAUAAUGGAUUAUACAAAGACCCUCACCUGCCAGACAUCAUCCGGGAAUUUGUACAUACAUUGGCCCCCUAAUCCAGUGACCUAUGCAGAAGAGCCUUUGGACAUCAAGUGUUUCAACAUAUCUAGAGGACCGCAAAUCCUAGAUGCACAGUUUACACAUAAAUGUGUCUCUUUACCUUAUGGCAAAUCAGUAGGAUGACCUUCAAUCACAUGGUCCAAUCAUUGACCUAAUAUCAGAUACAAGUUACAUUGUUAGUAAAGUUAAGCAGUUACUUAGCCAAUGCAUUAUUAUCUAGCUAUAGCCUAUGUGCAAAUGACAAAAUCUCUGAGAUGGAAGCAAUGAAUUUGUUGACUGUCGGUUUAUGAAUGACAAAUGUGAAGAAUGAUGACUAAUCAAUGUUUAAAGUGUCAAACUUAGGCACAUUUUUUUGUAUUGAUUACAGAAAAGUUACUGCUGAAAACUUUUCUUUUUGGCUAGUAUUAUCCCCAGAUUCCAAAAUCAUGUUUACAAGUACAAAUAAAACCUGAUCGAUGCUCAUGAAUCUCA